CUAACCAACUAACAACUUGUAACAAACCCUGUAACCACUAUUAACAAACUCACAACUACUAACAACCCUUAUCAUUGCUCUCCUCUUCAAAUAAAUGUGCAGACUUGACCUCAAGUCUGCACAUUUAGUGGAAAAUCAGGGUAAUUAGCCAUAAAGUCUUCAGCUGGUUUCCAUGUAGCUUCUAGUCUGCUAUAGCCUUCCCAUUGAACCAAGUAAUAUACUUGUGCCUUAUUCUGGACCUUCUUCAGCUGCUUGUCUAGGAUAGCCAGAGGAAUGGGAUGUUCUCCUGCAAUUUUUCUUUGUUUUAUGUUGACAAGCCAUGGCCACCUGAUUUUGUUGGAUAUGUUGAUGUGUAUCCAUUGAGAAAAAGGGAACCCACAUGUUUAUUCCUACCCAUUUCCACGCCUCACCAAGGGAGAGAACAACGGACUCCUCUAAGUUUAGGUGAUAACAAGACCAACGGUGAAUUAGAGAAGAAGGAUGUAUCUGCCACCAGAGAUGAGUUCUUAGGCUAUGGCUUAACUAGCUUAAAUGUGCAAGUUGAUGAGAAGAAGAUUCAACGUGCAGCUAUGAGCCAAGAUGUGGAAGCCUCACCUCAUAGACUAUCUUCGCUCACGGUACCUUGUGCCAAGUUUGUUAAGUUUUUGCAGGUUCCAUGUGAUGAACAGACUUCCGAGUUUUAUCAUAAGACUCGUGAAAAGCUUAUGAAGACAAAGGAGUUGAAAACUUCCAUCCACUUUCAUCCCGGAGACCUAGUGUGGGUCCAUGUGCAAAGAGAGAGUUUUUCUGACAAACGCAAGGCAAAGCUUCAACCUCGAGACGAUGGUCCAUUUGAAGUGGUAGCCAAGGUAAAAAACAAUGCUUACACAGUUGCUCUCAGUAGAAGAGAUGGAGUUUCUGCCACGUUCAAUAAGAGAGACCUCAAUCCAUAUGACAGUCUUGAUUAUCCGUUGAGUUUGAGGGCAAACUCUUUUGAAGACCGGGAAGAUGAUGUAUCCUAGCCCGACAAUUUUAGGUCCUUCCCCACGCCUCACACAAUCAUGGGAGCCAAAGGACUUAUGUUCAAACAUUAUGAUCCAUUUUCGUGAGAAUUCAAAGAGGUCUUUUAACCCGAAAGGCCAAAAUAACUUUCGUUAUUGACCUAAGGGUUCCGCUGGCCAACCCCCAUUCCGUCCAACCCAACCCAAGUAUUUUAUUUACUUUUGAUAUCCAAAAUAAAGUCUCUUCCAGCUAUGUUAACCCCUGGUCAAAAAUAAUAAACCAAAAUAGCCCCAUUCAUUUUCCCAACAUUCACCCAACAUGGUCCCUACUAUGUUCCCUAGUCCAGCCCACUAAACAACCAUAAAAGGCCAAGAGACACAUAGUACUUUCUUAACCCUUU